GGUUAAUUGUUCUUCCCUGAUUUCAUUUUUUUCUUGCAUUGUUCAGUCUGUAAAAGAUGGUGCAAUUACCGGAUGAGAUUUUAGAAAAGAUUCUUUGUCGAUUGUCCGUUAAGGAUCUGUUCCGUUUCAAAUGUGUAUGUAAAUCCUGGCUUGCCUUAAUCAGUAGUCCCUAUUUUGUCAAAUUGCAUUUGAACCGAUCAGUUCAAUCCAAGAGCAACCUUAGCCUCUUCCUGAGUGAUUACAAUCUCUUUAGGGUUGAUUUUAAUUCCCUUGAAGACUUCGAAGACGAGGGCUUUGUUCGACCGGUGGAGAUUGAUUACUUAAUAUCGAGGUAUCCAUAUUAUGACAUUUUGAGGUAUCCAUAUUAUGGCAUUUCGAUUUGCGGUUCUUGUGAUGGAUUGCUUUGCAUUACAAUACACGGUAUAAUGAAAAAUGUCUUCUUAUGGAAUCCAUCAACAAAAAAGUCUAUACAACUUCCUCUUCCUGUAUCUACUAGUGACAAUUUAAACUCAUGGGUUUAUCGAUUUGGUUACGACAACACCAAUAAUGAUUACAAGGUGGUGAAACUUAUGUUUUUUAGAGUAAGAAAAGGCAUUAAAGAUUAUGAAAUUAAAGUUUAUAGUUUGAAAUCAAAUUCCUGGCAUAGUCCAAAGAAGUUUUCUUACCAUCCGAAGUUGAAGAGCAUUGGAGACUCCAUAAUAUGUGGAGCUAUGCACUGGAUCUCAAAAGUGGGAUCAGGAAAGAAAAGAUCGAUUGUUGCCUUUGAUCUUGGGACAGAGAUAUACAGAGUAAUUUCACUGCCUAAGUUAAGUGAUUCUUAUUACUAUUUAUAUUUGAAUAAUUUAGAAGGAUGUCUUUCGGCAACUUGUCGUUACCACUACUCAUCAUCGAAUGUGGAUAUAUUUUUGCUUAAGGAAUAUGGUGGGAAAAAUGAACAUUGGUCGAAAUUGAUUACAAUUUCACAACCAUUAAUAUCUUUAGGGUCCUUUUACGAUGGGUCCUUUAACACUGUGAAAGCUAUUGCUUAUUCAAAAUGUGAAGAAUUAAAUGAAGUAUACACUUGCAUGGAAAGUAUUGUCCCUCUUGAUGUUCCAGAAGCUAUACCUGAGGCUGUACCAGAAGCUGUACCAGGCAACCCAAUUCUAAUAUAGAUUGUGAAAUUUGAAAUGGGUUUUUCUUAAUUUUUCAGAUUUCGGGUUUUGCACGAACAAUUUCAUAUCAAAGUGGUUCAAGUUGCAAACUUUUGCAUUAGUUUAUUUUAUGUUUCUUUUCUUCUUAAUUUCUUGUUCAAUCUAAGAUUGUUUCUCAUAUCACCUAUUUUUAUGUACUUGAUUUUGUUGGUUUCAUAUGACAUCUCUUAUUCAUCAACAAGGAUUAGUUUAAUAAGAAAGAUUAUAGUGACAUUUUGUUCAAAUCAUAACAACACACUUAGCCAUUUAUUUAAACUUAAGACUUAAUCUG